UGUUUCUGUAUACUUCAUUCUCUUGACACAAUGGUAGCGCAAACAACAACCCCAUUACUUGCCUGUCAUACUGACCAAUGGAAAGCCACACUUGUGAAAAACAUGGUGGGAAAGAAACUGGACCAGCUUCAAAGACACUCAAAGAAACUCUCUUCCGUUACAACCGAGUUGAACACUAAAAUCAGUUCAUGUAAAAACUCACAAGGAACACGCAUCCAACUCGAAGGUGCUAAAACUCAAGCCAUUGUCGUGUCUACUAUGGCAGAAGCUCAGGCAAUGAUUAACUCUGAAUUGACUCACUCUCAACUUUUGCAAGACGUGCUCCUUGGCUUUCCUAUCACUCCAGAUAAAUUCAGCGAGAUCUUUGAACUUUCCAAAAAGGUUACUGUUUUUCAAAUCUUCAUUGAUAAUUUAUCGACUUUGGAGGCAUUGGAAGCAUAUUACACAACAGAGUAUGGUGAAAACGACGAUUCUCAUAAGAUGAGCGUGUUUUUAAAGGUUGAUUGUGGAUAUGGACGUGCAGGUGUCCCUAUUAACGAUCCUGAAACAAUUGAGUUAGCGAAGAGGCUUCAAAAAUCACCCUGUGUUGAUUUUACAGGAAUCUACACUCACGCUGGCCACUCUUAUUCUUCAGAAAACUUCAACAGAGGCCACUUGAUAUCUUCGACAACGAAUGUGACAUGGCACGUCAAUUUCGCGAUUAUUUUGUUCAACACGCUAUCGAAAUUAAGCAGGUUUCCAUUGGCGCCACACCUACUGUCAAAGCAAUCACCGCUUUUAUGCAUGAGGGACUACCGCUAUGAAAAAAAUCUUGGAUGUAUUAGUGAAGUGCAUGCAGGUGCGUUUUUCAUUUUUGGUAGACAACAAGUCUCGACAGGAUUAGGUGAUUACAAUGAUGUAGCAAUCACAGUGGCAUGUCGUAUUGCAAGUGUAUACAAAGAUCGUGACAGUCUGUUGAUUGAUGGUGGCGCAUUGGCAUUUUCAAAAGAUACUGCUCCUCAAGGUGGCUUCGGAUGUGAACCAAAAGUGAUUGCAACCCUAACUAAAGUUUCUCAGGAACACGGUAUCUUGCAACAUUUGGAUGAAUCCACUUUAUCUAGACCCGAAUUACAAAUCGGCAAACUUAUUCGCGUUAUUCCUAAUCACUGUUGCUUAACCGCGGCUUGUCAUUUAUUCUAUCUUAUUGAGGAUGGAGGUGAUACAGUCGUUGAUGUAUGGGUUCCUGUAAGAGGAUGGUAGAAAGAUUAAAAAUUGUAUCAUUAUUGAAUAGCUGAAAUAAAAUUAGCAGAAAACUUGUAUCUAUUUGUGUUUUAUA